AUGGCGCCACCGAGCUUCUAUUCACACCUCCUCCUCAUGAUUUAUGCUACCGACUUGUUAACGCUAACGAUUUCACCACCGACAGUACACGCCGGAGGAUUCAACCUCGGAAUGGAAUGGGUUCGCCAAACCAAAACAACUUACCAAGGCACCAUCACCGAUUGCAUGUUGCAACAAGGUGAAGAAGAGUUUCAGUUUGAUAACAAGAUCAACAGGCGUAUUUUAGCAACAACAAAGUACAUCAGUUAUGGUGUGCUUUAA